GUCUGGCGCUCUCGGAGGUUCCUCAGUCCGGAGCGGUAGCGCGAGCUCAGUACAACGAAGAGAACCCAGCGAGUUCAUAUCUCGUGACUCUAGCGAAGGGAGAGAAAGAGAAAGAAAGAGAGAGCCUGCACCUUAAAAUCAGCCCUUAUAUCUGGAGAGGGUCGCCGCAGCCUGGAGGGGGAACGAGGGAUUUGAUCUGCACCGUUAUUUUUUUCUUUUGUGUUUUCUUUAUUUCUUUUUGGGGGGAAGGAUUGUGAUCGUUUGCGUGCAAAGAUGAUGGUCGGGGAGAUGGAGGUGAAGGAGAGACCGAGGCCGAGUCCCGACUAUCUCAUGCAGUUAUUGAACGAGAAGAAGCUCAUGACGAGUUUACCGAACCUGUGCGGCAUCUUCACACACCUGGAGAGACUCUUGGACGAAGAGAUAACCAGAGUGAGGAAGGACAUGUAUAAUGACACAGUGAAUGGUCUGGUGGACAAACACCCCCUGGAGUUACCAGAGCCACUGGGACCCAUCGUACAUCUACAGGAGAAACUCUUCGUACCGGUCAAAGAGUAUCCAGAUUAUAAUUUUGUUGGGAGAAUUCUUGGCCCUCGUGGACUCACAGCAAAGCAACUGGAGGCAGAGACUGGCUGCAAGAUCAUGGUCAGAGGGAGGAGCUCCAUGAGAGACAGAAAGAAGGAGGAGCAGAACAGAGGGAAGCCAAACUGGGAGCACCUAAAUGAAGAGCUGCACGUGCUAAUCACAGUGGAGGACACACAGACACGUGCCGAGAUCAAGAUGAGAAGAGCUGUCGAAGAGGUCAAGAAGCUACUGGUGCCUGCAGCGGAAGGCGAAGAUAAUCUAAAGAAGAUGCAGCUUAUGGAGCUGGCCAUUCUAAACGGAACAUACAGAGACACCAACAUCAAAACGCCCACCCUUGCGUUCUCUCUUGCAGCAGCGGCAGCGGCUGCUCAAGGCCAGCGUCUGAUCGCAGCCCCUGCAGGUCAGGUCCUUCCCCCGUCUGCCCUCAGGCCCCCCACUCCGGCAGGGACCCCCCUCAUGAACAUCAUUCGGCCCACUCAAAUGGCCACUGUGCUACCCAACGGCACCCCUACCCUGGUGCCCCCAACGCCCGAUGGGGGCAUUAUCUACACCACGCCCUACGACUACCCUUAUGCCUUGGCACCCACGUCUCUGCUGGAAUACCCCAUCGAGCACGGCGGAGUCCUAGGUAAGCGGGCGUGGGGGCUUGGCACUUCACUCUUCGGUGCCCCGCAAGAGGGUUUUGCCGGGGUGUAUUACGGGGGCAUGUUGGAUGGGUCGUCACCCGGCCCAGUUCAGGACUCACUGAAAGGUGCAAUGGCAACUAAAGUGCGGAGACAUGAUUCGCGGGUCCAUCCUUACCAAAGGAUAGUGACCACAGACAGAGCCGCCACCGGCAACUAACAAAUGACCUCUGAACUCUUCACCAAAUGAUGAGCCGCCCAAGCCUGCCUGCUGAUCAGAUUAACUGGUAAUUGCCUUUUGCUAGCCUGGUGGACGCAGAGAGAGAGGCACCUGUCCGAGCAGUGAUCCUAACAUAAACCAACAUAAAACACAACAACCCUCCAUACCAACACAUUGUGUAGCGAUAACAACGAUGAUACUCUUUAUUAUUUUUUUACUAUUAUUUCUUUCCUUUUCUUUUAAAGUCUCAAAUGACUGGGUGGAUGUUAACAGUGAUGUUGUGUUACCCAAUAUCUGCACUGAAGUUUAAAAGCAAUAAAGAAGCAUCUUCAGCUAAUUCAGCCCUUAAAUGCAUUUAUACUCAAAUCUCUGAUUUAAAAAAAAAAAGAAAAGAAAAAUAUACAACUUGGUGACCCUAGUUUUAUUAGUCAUAACUGUAAAUGGGGCAUCCAAAUAAUCUCUCUACGCUACUCCACCCAUUUAAACUGUCACCAUGAAUAAUCAGCAAAAGAAAAAGAAGGAAAGAAAUCUGCACUCACACCAACUUGUGUAUUUCCUGUCCUUCUCUGAUGUAAUCCUGUGUUUUUCAGUUGAUGAGUUUUACUGUGCUGACACAUUCUGGGUGUGCCUGUCCAACUGACUUAGAGCAUGGCUACAAUGACAAACUGCAAAAAGCUUGUUUUGAUUUAUUUUUUUCUGUUACUUCUCCCUAUUUUGUUUCUUGUGUUUCCAUGUAUCUUAUUAGUGUUUGGCAAUACUUGCAGGUUUAUACGUGCUGCUUAUUGCCGUAUAUGUGCCAGCUCGGUAGGGAGCUGUAGGCAGAGUCAGGCAGGGCAAGAGUUGUUUGGGGUGAAGUGUUUUUGGAGUCUUUAAAUCUAGGAUAUUCAGGGUUGGACAGCUGGGAUAUAAACCGGAAUCAGUUUACUGAACUAUGCCAUCCCGAAAACUCUCAACCCCCUCCCCACAUACAGUGCCUGAACUUUCUAAAAAAUCUUUCUUUGAAUGAGCUGUGAGAUAAAAGACAAAAAAAAAAAAAGUAUUAUGUGUGCGCAUUUAGCCAAAGGGUUUCCAUUUAAUGAAUUUCAUAUAUCUAACCGCCAAGGGUUCUGUCAUUUUAGUCUAGAGUUUGAAAAGGUUUGAUGUCAUGCCUGUAUCUGUUUGUUAUAAUAGAAUCAAAAGAUGGAUGAAAUGGUGAUGAAUUGUCUCGCAAGACGCUAAUUUCCUUGAGGAAUGAACACUAAGGAAGAUGAAUAAGGUAGACAGAACAGUGGAGGGUUUAACCUCACUGCUGAUUUAUCAAAAAAUGUAUUAAACUGAGCUGAAAUUAAAUGCAAGUGCUCUUGCUUUCACGAAUUAAAAUUCACGAGUGGGAAGCAACUGUGAGUAAUUUCGAAUAGUUUCAAAUAGCCCAUCCACAAUGUGUCCUGCACACCCCCAGCUACUGAGCCCACUUUCAUUUCUAUACACCCUCUUAAAAAAACAUAGGAUGUGAAAGCCAUGUCUGCCUGUUCGAAUUGCUUUAUACAUACAUGAUAUAUAUAAAAUAAAAUGUAUACAAAUGUAGAUAUGUCAUUGCAUAUUAAAAUACAGAAAGAUCAAAAUUAGAUACUUUUACAGGGUGCUGGAGAAGAAAUAUAUAUUUUUGCCAAUUUUAGCUUUUUAUACUUAACUUGCAGUUACAAAAUAUGAAACAUAAUACAAAAAAAAAUAUAUAAAACCAUUAGUAGAAUAGUACAGCGAAAGGUUGUGUGACUUUGGAUACUAUUGGCCAGGGGGG